UUUUUUGCUUGUUGCUUUGAUAGUGGAUACAGAGACGCGAACGUAGCCGCCAUGGAUGAAGUGAUCGUGCCUCGAAACUUUCAUUUGCUGGAGGAGCUGCAAGAAGGUGAAAAGGGUGGCCGCGACGAUGACGGCACGGUCUCCUGGGGCCUGGAGCAGGACGACGACAUUGAACUGCAACACUGGCGUGGCAUGAUCAUUGGCCCACCACGAACACCCUUUGAGAUGCGCAUCUAUGAGCUCAAAAUCUUUUGUGGACCUCGCUACCCAGACCUCCCGCCUGAGGUUUAUUUCCGCUCACAGAUUCAUAUGGAUUGUGUCGAUGCAAACGGCAAAGUGAUUCCCGGACGCCUGCCGGUCCUGGCCUCCUGGACGCGUCGAGGCACCAUCAAGAGCGUGUUGCAAGAUUUAAAGCGGGCCAUGAUGGACCGGCGCAACCUGAAGCUGAAGCAGCCCGCAGAAGGUUCGGCCUACUAGCGCCUUACUCUCUGCUGCCACUCCGUGAGCUUGCGUCGUGCUGCGCUGAGCCCAUGUCAUGUGGUUUGAGAGGCGCCGCGAUUGCUUCCUGUGCUCUCCUUUGAUGUGGAUGCCGCGUCUUUCAUGCCUGGCGCGUUUUUGUGGGUAUGAGAGCCUGUGGUGAUGAAUGCCAAUGCCCUUCAGGGUGAAAUAAAUACAGAGCGCCC